AUGACCGUCCGCCAUCCAGAUGAUGUGUACCGCACAGUCAACCUCGUGACACAAUGCUUGUGCAUUCCUAUCUGCACAGCCUUUGUGGCCUUGAGGUUCUAUACCCGGCUUCGCUUCAAGCAGAUCCUGGGCGUUGAAGAUUAUGGAUGUCUCGUAGCCUGGGCUCUCUUUAUGGGAUACUGCGGGAUCAGUAUUCUCGUCGGUCGCCAUGGCGGAGGAUACCACAUCUGGGACGUAAGUCCCUCAGAGCAGAUCCAAUUCAAAAAGUUCUGCUAUAUCGCCACCAUUCUUUACUGCCCGAUGGCUCUUUUUGUCAAAAUCUCCCUCCUCUCUAUCCUCACCCGCAUCUUCUCUCCUUACCGUGGGAAAGUUUGGUUCAUCUACGGCUUCCUCGGCACCCUCUGCAUCUACUAUACCGUCGCGCUCAUCGUCAAAAUCCGCAUGUGUGCUCCUGUUCCUUUUUACUGGCUGGGCGAUAAACUUCCAGGAGGAGGUACCUGCCUCAACCAGACCGCUGCUCUAAUCGCCGACUCGGUUAUCAGUCUCGUCAGCGAUAUCAUCAUUCUUAUUCUCCCCCUGCCGUUGACCUGGUCCUUGCAAAUGUCUCGAAACAAAAAGUUGCGUGUGAUUGGUCUACUGAGUGCUGGUGGCCUAGCCACAGCCUUCAGUCUCUAUCGACUGGUGUUGGUGCUGCAAAGGGGCCAGUCUGAAGACCAGACCAUUGUCUUCAUGUGUGUCAUUUUGUCUGGUAACGCCGAGGGAGGUGUCGGCCUGAUUUGUGCCUGUCUUCCCGUGGUGAACGUCCUCAUUUCGCACUACAGGAAGCAGUACUCGUCGCAGAAAUACUAUGACCGAGGUUCGGAUAUGAACCUUGGUGAUCGCUCGCAAGGCAGCAAAGCCGCCAGUCGCUGGGAAAAUGCGCCAAACUUUGGUGACGAGAGUCAUCUUGUUUCCUUCGCCGAUACGCCGGCAACCGAUGGUUCGAUGCACAAUGACGACGGCAUCCGCAAGACGGUCGCGGUGUCACAGACCGUGGAAAGUGCAGAUAGCGAUAGUCGCUGA